AUUUUAUUGAAAAUUAGGCCUCCAAGGAAUUGACAAUUUGACACCCUCUUUCCCUCGAUCCGUUUCCGGCGGCUCUCACAAAAUUCACUCCCCAAAAGAUAGUAAAAAAAGGACAUCUUAUGGCGAAUAGCCACCCCAUUUCAAGAGACAGCCGGCUUAUGCCGCUGGUAAAUGAAGCUCACGGCCCAGAAUUACUGUAAAGUUGCGUCCCUUUUUUUCAGAUUAUAAUUGUUAAACAAUUAUGUGUGAGAAUUUGGUGGCGAGGACGGGGAGGCAACUGCAGCGGUAUGAUUCGGGAUUUCGCCUUGUUGCUGGGUGCAUUCCCUAUAGGUAUAGAGACUUGGAAAAUAGUACUUGUGAGAAUUCAAACAAGGUUGUAGAGGUGCUCAUGAUCAACUCACCGAGCGGCUCUGGACUACUGUUCCCAAAGGGAGGUUGGGAAAACGAUGAAACAGUUCAAGAGGCCGCACUUAGGGAAGCUGUUGAGGAAGCAGGUGUUCGAGGAAAGAUAGUGAAAUUUCUUGGGUUCUACGAGUUUAAGAGCAAAACCCAUCAAGAUGAAUGCAACCCAGAUGGGUGUUGUCGAGCGGCAAUGUUUGCUAUGGCUGUGGAAGAAGAGCUCGAGUCUUGGCCUGAGCAAAGCACUCGAAGCAGAAAAUGGUUAAGUGUAACAGAAGCAGCCGACAGCUGUCGGUACCCGUGGAUGAGAGAAGCUCUCAUUGAGGGCUUCUCUAUGUGGCAUCAUGAAUCGACUGACACCGAUACUUCUGUUGUUCCUGGUAUCUGCAUAUCUGCAGUCUCAAUCAUUUAUUGA